AUGAAUAUUACUGGAGCUUUAGAUUUUUUGGAAUAUAAGAAUUUUUAUAAUUUAUAUGAUAAUAAUAAAUGCACGGUUUUUGCAUUGUGGAUGUAUGACUACUUAAUUAAAAUAUUUAAAGAUCAUGACAAUUACAGUAAAACUAAAGCAGUUAUUGAUAAAAUAUAUCCACUUUUCUUAAGAUAUUCAGAAAAACUACAUUGUAAGAUUCCUUCAUACAAUGAUAUUGUGACCUAUGUUAAUAAUUUGAAAACAUUAUAUGACUAUGCUACAAAUUAUGAUACUAUUUUGGGGCAUAUUAAAGAUAAAGAUUACAAAUGUAAUGAGAAUCUUUCUAAUUACAUUCAAGAACAAGUUAACUUAUUAAAAGAAGUAAGGUUAGACUGCCAUAAUACCUCACAAAAUCAUUGUGAAGUAUAUAAAAAUAUAUUUGGCCCAUCUAUAGGUGAAAAAUUCUUAAGCCUACAAUGUAAUCCGUUAAGUUCUCAAGAAAUAAGUACAAUAACAGUGAGUUCCCAUGUACAACAAGGGAAGGAACAAAUUACAAAUGAUGAAACUACCAAGACAAGUAAUAUUAUAAUGGAAACUAUAUUUCCG